AUGGACAAUAUAUCUCUUUUUACUGUAUUCACUCUCUCAGAAUUGAAGGACAAAAUGUCAGUAAAACAUACUUAUUUUGCUCUCUCUCUUUUGGUUUAUCUUUUAAUAAUUGUAGUGAAUCUGAUUUUGAUAGUGACAAUCCUGCUGGAGAAAACUCUCCAUGAGCCCAUGUACAUAUUCCUGUGUAAUCUGUGUAUUAACGGACUGUUUGGAACAGCUGGGUUCUACCCAAAGUUUCUAUCUGAUUUAAUCUCUGACAGCAGUUUUAUCUCACGCAGUGGAUGUUUCCUGCAAUUCUUUGUGAUCUACACUUCUGUUGUGUGUGAGUUUACAACAUUAACAGUGAUGGCAUAUGACAGGUAUGUGGCAAUAUGCAGACCCUUAGACUAUCACUCUAUUAUGACAACCAGAACUGUUGUAUAUUUACUCCUGUUUUCCUGGCUUUUACCUGCUUUCUCUUCAUCUAUAGCAGUUCUGUUAACAAACAGGUUGUCAUUAUGUGGAUCCCACAUUGAAAAACUCUAUUGUGACAAUUGGUCCAUAGUGAAGCUGUCUUGUGAAACCACAUUUAUUAAUAAUAUUUAUGGAUUGGUUUUGAUUAUUGGUUACUGUAGUCUUGUUGUUUUCAUUAUUUCUUCUUAUACUAAAUUAAUUGCUGCUUGUAUAAAAUCCACAGAAAGCAAAGCCAAAUUCACGCAUACCUGUAUGCCACAUUUGCUCUCCUUAAUUAACUUCACUCUUGCUUUACUUUUUGACACAAUGUAUGUUAGAUAUGGUCUGAAGGAUGUCCCACAGAGUCUGCGCAAUUUUUUGGCCCUAGAAUUUCUCAUAAUUCCACCUCUUUUCAACCCCUUCAUUUAUGGAUUAAAACUGACUGAGGUUCGUAAAAGAGCCCUGAGAGCUGUGAAAGUCAAAGUGACAGACCACUUUUACAGUGUAAAGAAGAGAUAA